AUGGAUAUCGACAAGAAUGGCAUACUGAGCAAAGCGGAAGUGAAAAGUUGCCUCCUUGCCUCAGGAUUUGAUAAAAAGUUCGUAAAGGUACGCGGUUUUACUUGCAGGUCCUAGGAGAUUUUAUUUUAAGCCAAAUAUCCGUUUUCCAUCUCUUUUUAAACCUCACUUUCUGGAAGGAAUACUUUUUUGCAGUGCAGUAUGUCUGCUUAAGUUCAAACCUGCCGCCCUGAAAGGCUCUGUAAAUAGUCUGAAACAACAGAACUUUCAGUGAAGAAAAUCUGUCGAAAGUGAGUUGCAGAUGCGUCAGAAUGAACCCUUAAUAUACAGCCGAAAUACAUGUGUAUUAUGUCAACAGUAAACUGGCCUAAAUGUUUUUUCGACCUUACCUUCGUUCGUUCAAAAUUAUCUCUUAUACGCAGACUUCCGAGAAACGCAGUGUUUUAGUCGACUACAAUAUCAACCAACUGCCCUUCGUAAACGCAUUACUGCUAUAUUUAGUCCUUGGAAAAUUUGCUUUGCCUGUAAUAUAAGAUGACUGAUUGACGAUCUGUUCUAAUUGUGCGAUGACACAGAGGGCUUUCCGGUCCAGCCAAACGUCUGACAGCGUUUCAACUAGACAGGAUGCCUCGUGUGCCCCGUCCGGUUUCUUUCGUUUAACGUUAUUUCUUUAGUUUGAACGAUGCAUUCAUCGAGCAAUUGUAGAUCACCCAUUAUCAGCAAACACGAGGGGGUGGCGAUUCAGAAAUCUUUUGAACGGAUGGAGAUACGCUAACGGCGAACGGUUAUUCUGGUGACUUCAAGGGUAUGCAUCAGUGACGAAAGCCUUAACAGCGAAGCCACUGUCUGAUGUCUCAUCCCGAAAUGACAGAGAUAGAAGAAUGCAUUUCAGGGUAAUACUGGCAUAAUUAAAUGCUGUCAUGCAGAAGUGGGGAAGCUUAAACGUUUAUUGCUAAGGGGUUGGAGCCUUCUACACACAUUUUGAUUCGUAUCCUUUAAACUGCGCAAAGUUUGCAGAUCAUGAUCGAAAGUUUGCAAAGUUAUAACAGGGCGAUAUUGGCAGAAAUGUGCUGUUUGCUCUGAGCUUCAAAAAUGAACCUUUUAAGAUACUUAAAGGAAUUUUUAGCAAGUUUUUGCUACAUAUAUGGAAAUGGGCCGCUAAGGGCUUUUAAGUAUUUCACUGAUAUUUAAGCGUGGACCUGGAAAGGAUCUAGCUCUCGGUGGUCAACGAAAUAAAGUUGAUUCAUCCUUUUUAGAAAAACAGGGAUAUCUCUACAAAGGCAAAAAUCAGUUUCCUUGGGCUCUAUUGAUCAAAAGAUAAUCACGAGGUCGACCGAACAGUGAAGAGCCUAUAAGAGCCCCAGGGUUCAAAUGUACAACCACUUAUAUGUAUAAAUUAAAACUGUCACUGAGGUGGACUGCAAACUUCCGUGACAUUUACGUUAACGGCGAUAUGUUUUUGAAUACCAGCAAAAAUUGCCGCCACGAAUGCAUGGCCACCGUGCGGUACCCAGAAGCAUUAUUGAUAUUUUCUUUCAUACAGCGCGUCUCAUCUGUCACGCAUGCGCUCCAUUCAUAUGAAACCCUGAGGCUCGUAGAAAGCACUUUUUGCUUGGAAUUCCUUCACAACGCUGAAGGUCGCCCUGAAAAAAUGUGUUUAAAGUACACGAUGCAAUGUGUAUGAUUUGAAGCAAGGUCUUUGUGGAUAGGUUGUUAACAAAAGUAACCAGAGCAAUUAUUAGGCGACACCGGAGUUAGCGGUCAUGCACAAUGCGAAAAAUUCACUGCUGGAAUCUAAUAAAGUCUUUCCCCAGUCUUAAACUCCCAGGUGACUCAUAUGACGAAAUACAAUAGCAUAAGUUUAGUAUAAGUAUAGUUCACUACUAUUCGUUCAUUUGCAAUAUACUGGUUGAGUGAAGAAGAAGAAGAGGAAGAAUGGUCGAGCACCGGAACAUUUUGUUUAUUGUUCUGAGCGUUCGAACUCGUUUUGCGUUCUUGACCAAGCCACCGAGUAUUCGGAACCCAGGUCAUUGGUUUUAGGCUGCACCAGAAUUGGCGAAUUGGGUCUUUUCUUUUCUAAAAUAAAAGUGGAAGUGCUAAUAAAGCAUGCUGAUUGAAGUGAAGUGGAAUUGAGUGUCAAGAAACAUUUAUAAAUCGUAACGAUAGCACCUCUUCUAUUUUUAUCCGACUGCAGACAUAAACCGGAAAUAUGGUUUUUCGUUUAACAGCCAGCAAUAUUCUGUCCUUCGAAUGUAUGCACUCAGAAGAUGCUCGUCGGUCGGUGGAUCUUGCAAUCAGGAAGUCUUCUAAUAAUCUAUGUUUUAUCUAAUUUUCCCACGAAAACCUGGGAGGUUCGGAUAUGCUGGCGUAUCUUCGCUUUACUGUAAAUGUCAGGAAAUGAUCAUGACCACUGCUCGAUCGAAAAAGAGGUUAGAUGUGGAUAUGUAGCCCCACCUGAAGUAAAUAAACCCCAACCACUUGUGAUGGGGGACCAGUGAAAAUAGGGGGUUUUUACAGGUUGGGCCGGGGAACGCACAGGCGACGAGGUCAAGUAGGUGUAUGCAAAAGAAAAGCUAUUGGGAACGCGCGGUUGUACCUUCGGUGGUUGCGACAUAGUUUCCCUAACCCUGACCCUAGUCAUAACCCCUAACAUUAACCUCUAGCUCUAACCCCUAACCCUCACCCCCUAACCCCAACCGCAGCAGUACUGUGCCCAUCAGGUGAAGCUACAUAAUCACAUCUUAUCGGAAAAGGUUGAAAAAAUGUCAAAGGUUCCGGAUAUCCCUUCAAACUUAUAUGCGCUGGCGCUAUAUAUCUAUUUUAAAAUCAAGAAACCACAAGUCCACAACCGGUGGCUAUUAUCCAAAUAAUGCAAUAGAAGACACCGAAAAAAGGCCUCAUCUUUUAUUCUUGCAGAAGUUCCUUAGUACCUUCGACGCAGACGGAGAUGGAAACAUUACAGAGGACGAAUAUCUUCGCGUAGUAUGCACAGUUCCAAGAAGGGAAAAACAGUAAGAAAAUGGUAUUUAUUAUCUCUUUAAUAAUCUUCACGAAAUGGAGUUCCACUUUGAAAAACGGAAACUAAUUUUUUUAUCGAAUUUCCUUUUACUCACACGUCUUUCUCUUCUUUCUCUAUUUAUCUUAAGUUUUUUCCUGGCAUUUGUGAAAAAUGCACAUUUCCCUUCGAUUUGUAAAUCAACCUUGCAGCAGAUUAUGUGGGUCACCUCGAAUUAUUGGACAUUUGCGCCUUCAUUACUUUGCAUGUAGGCGUAGAUUGCGGUUCGUAUAAACCAUUUUUGAUGAACUGUAUUUUAUGCAUGUUAGUUGCGAAGUAAAUAGAAAGUAAGAUUCCUAGUUAAUGACCAAAUUGCGUUGAAACACUUGGGGAAGCACGAUCUGCUGCCCAAUGAUAAAAUGUUCCAAGUAAGCGGUAAGUAGGGGUUGAAGCGAGAACUGCUAAGGUCAGUAAAUUCUUCUCCCCUGGCUAACCACCGAUGUCAAAAAGCCAGAACUGGUCUUUCCAACCUCCGUUCGUCUACAACACUUUUGGACAGCAGACUUUUCUCAUGCAUCGUCGAUCUGACAUUGCCUUCUGUAAGAACUUCGUUUUUCAUUAGUAUCCGAUGCUCUGGCGGUCUUAUUUGGCUUAAUUGCUCUUGUCACCCUCUGAAAAACGUCUUUUCAUAAUCUUUUAGGCUAGCCUUCUGGAAGAGCGUCUUUGAUGAUGUUGACAAAGACAAGUCCGGCAAGAUAUCCUGCUCAGAGUUAAUGAUCCUGCUAAAGGACAUGAACUUCGACUGCAAGUUGAGUGAACUGCAAGAGUGGGUAAAACGGCACGAUCAAGAUCUAGAUGGGGAAAUGAACUUCGAGGAGUUCAUAAACUUGAUGAACGAAGGCCCUAUGUAAAAAGCGUUCGUAGGACACGCCGUUACUUGCAUUUCUGUAUCGUCUGUCACCGAAUAUUAUGUCGUUUUGUUUAAAAGUGCGGAUUUUAUGAUUUUUAAUCUGUACAAAAGGAAAAAUUCAGAUCACAUCUUCUUUUUAAUUUCAAGUUCUUGUGACAGAAAAACCCUGAGACUACUAGGUCGUUAAAGUCAUUUGAAAAUGAACAAGAAGAAUCAACCUUUAUAAAACGUUUAUUCGUCAACAAACAAUGAAACUACUGACCGUAGGUUAGAUUAUACAUAUAUGACGCUUAUUCGACCAAGUUUUACGUCAGUGACCAAGCACAUGGAGUGUAUAUGCUCUUUAAGGAUCAGUAAUCUGCUGGUAGUAUCAACCUCGAUGUUGACCUGGACGCCCAUUACGAGGGCCUACGCUCACGACUUACUGCCCCCUGCCCUAAUGCCGCUAAUCCAGCCAUCCGGAGUCCACUUGAUCCACCCUCCCCCUCCAGAACAGGGAUCCGUGAUUGUUCCGCCUCCUUCCUCCCCCCCUCGCUCAGAGGUCUACCAUGACUCUGUGACCAUCCCUCUCAUAAGCCAAUUGUCUGUCUGUCCUGUCGCGCUAACUAGUCUAGUGUGACAAAAUAACUUUCUCCCUUGUUUUCAUUUCGUCUGACGACGGAUUGAUGUCACCAGCUCAAAAAUUCACGAGUACAACUCGAUUUUUCCAAAGAACCUCUUCCUUUUUUCAUUAUAUUGGCUCGGAAUGCAUACCACCUCUGAUCUACAACAUAUAUUUGGGCGUCAAACGUUUAUUCUUACCAGAGCUUGGGAGAAAUUCACACAGAGACAGGCCAUGACUUUCGAACAGCUUGCCUUAUCGCUGUCGCGAUCACGACGUGUUACCGAUGUCGCUUCGUCUCAAACCGACGUUGCCGAAUGGGACUGGGAGAUUUCUUGCGUGCAAAUACGGAUGGCGCGUUUUGAGUGCUAUAAUAUCUGAUGUCCACAAUCGUCUUCGCAGAUUAGGAGCAAUAAUUGCUGAUCUUAAAAAUCAGUGCGCUUCAGCUCCACCUGAAAACGGAUUUGAGGAUGUGAAGCAAGGAUUAACGCCACCACCAAGGAUGCGAGAUUGAAGAAGCGAGUUGGUCUCCAGGCGAAUCUCCAAUCUCUUCUCCGCAAUACGAACGAGAGGAUUAUGACCACGAGAGUCGUCAACCUUUCGAAGAAGAUUCUCUCGCCUACCGAAAUCAGCCUCCUAUCCAAGGGAAUAGGAUUUAAUCAUACGAAUGCCACGCCUACCAACUUCCUAGCUGGCCUUGAGUUAGUUCUACUGGCCUCAGCCCUUCUAGAAGACAGGCGCGCAGACAUACGUAGCUGUGCCACUGGUACCCUUUGGCAAAAAAGACGCCAACAAACCCUACCGGCCGAUGAAGCGCAAGGAUAACAAUCACUGAAAUCGGACCACAAUAUUGUUGUUCCUGCUGACAAGGGUGGCGCUACUGUCAUCAUUGACAAAAUUGGCUGCGUAAACAAGGCGAAUGGAAUCUUCAGUGACGUAGCUGCCUACAUUCUUCUUACCGCAGACCCGAAGAAAAAGCUAGCUGCUGCCAUCGAGAAAGUAGUUACUGAGCUCACUCGUCCGAAAAUUAUAAGUCCAGAUGAUUCCAAGUUGAUCACCCUCAGUGAUCCCAUAUCGCGCGCGCGUAUGGUCUCCCAAAAGUACAUAAAGUGGAUGCCCCACUGA